AUGCGUUUUGGGUCUCUUUUCGGUGCCGCUUUAUCUCUGGUGGCUUUCGCGACUGCAGUCGUAUCGUCUGAAGAGGAGAACGGACCGGAGCUCGUGGCUACUGCUGCUUUCCCAGAAACGAAUGCAUUCAACCAUGUUGUUAACGGCGAGAAGAACCUUUUGACGAUUACGGUUGAAAACAAGUCGAAGAACAACGUAACGCUGUUGAACAUUGGUGGCGCACUGCUUAACCCCGACACCAACGCUGUCCUCAAGAACUUGACCACUGUCAAAUACACAGUGCCCCUGAUUAAUGAUGUCAAGAUCCAAAUCCCAUUCACUUUCUACAGCCAGUUAAAGCCAGGCGACCAUCGUCUGAACGUAUGGAUUGAGCACAGCUCAGAAGCCGGCAAGUCCAAGACUGAGGCCUUGGACACUAUCGUCACCGUCGUGGAACCGGAACUCUCGAUCUUUGACCUCAAACUUUUGUCUACAUACGCGAUCGUCGCAGCUCUUCUCGGAGGAUUAUUGUACCUUGCGUAUACCACCUUCGUUCCUCAGCCCAAGAAGUCCAAGGCCAAGAAGGCUGCCGUGAGCGCUCCAGUCGGCACCGUCACUGCUACCGGAGCUGGAGGAUACCAGGAGGAGUGGAUCCCUGAGCAUCAUCUCAGGAAAGGCAAAGGCUCCAAGAAGCAAGGCGCACUCAGCGGCACCAGCGGUGACGAACUCAGCGGCGCAGAGACCAGCGGUACCGAGGGCAAGCGACGAAAGGGAAAGAAGUAA